AUGACGGGUAACGGGAGCCCGUCCGCGGGCGCGGCAGCAGCAGCCGAGGCCAGCCUGAUGCCUGCGCCGAUGGAAACCUUAAGCGGCAGCCCCAAUAACUCGGCCUCGAAUCUGUCCCUUGAUGGCAAUAGAGACAUAUCGACGUCUGCGCCUAGCAGCCGCAGCAUCCUUAUUCCGACGCGUUUUGGUCCUCGCAUGAAAAGAGAAGGAGACGACCGUCCUAUAUUGACCAAGAUCAUGGAACACGAUGAAAUGAUGCCUAAUGGCCGAGGCUCUGGCUCUUCGUCCGAUGAAGACCAGCAGCAAGCGCAGUCUUACGAGGUUUAUCCAUUGGUGACCGGCGACUAUUCUGAUUCCGACGGCGGACCCAUCACAUACACACCAGCGAGUACAGUAUUCACGAGCUCAUCUGGCUUUCCUCCCUCCUCAUGGGGCUCUUACAACCCGAGGCCGCGAGGCGGAAGCGGAGGUCCAUCAGCAAUGGAGCGGUCCCUCACCACCGACCCGCAACAUGCGGCUACAGACUUGCGAACUGGCCGCCCUGUGCCAACACGUAUACCAUCUAGCACAUAUGCACCUUCUACGGCCAGAAGGCCGCCGCAGUUUCUCUCCCUCAAUUCGAAACGCAUGUCCUCCUCCGCCUCAGUCCGGCCAUCGAGACGUGACCCAAAUGCUCAAUACAAAGCUCAAGAGAAGGCAUACGUCCAGCGGGUUCGACAACAGCCUCAAGAUUGGAUUAAUCCAGAUCCGCGAACUCCGAGUUUGUCCUACAGCACAGACGAGGAUGAGGAUGAUGAAUCACCUUUGACCGAGCACCACUACGAUGAUCCCUACGAUCCCGAGACGUUGAUGUUCCUUGGAAACGAAGACAACGUCCUACCAUCAGAAGAAGAGCUACAAGUCUCUGAGAACAGAGAACGGCUCGAAUGGCAUUCGAUGCUCGCCUCUGUCCUCAAAGGCGAUGUUGUCAAACAAGAGAAACAGCGUCUGAUCGGUACAGCUGAACAAAUGAGUCAAAGCCAGAUUGGUGACGAGAUCUGGAUGGGUGCAAGAGCCAAAUUCUAUGGACGUACUGUACCGAUGCAGAAGAAGUUGAUUGAAGAGGCUCGUUCCAACUUGGGUUCCAUGGUUGAAAGCAUCAUUGCCUUCGAGAUCAAGGGCGAGACCAUCGCGGGGAAGUCGCCGCUCGAACAGGUCGAAGAAGCAGUACACAAGAUCGAGAAGUGCGAAUGGCUGUUUCCAAGCCGAGCACAAAUGGUUGCAACUGAGCCUCGAGCAGGUUCCGACCUGUUCAAUCAGAGCUGCGAUGCAAUCAUUUCCUGGUACAACAUCACCCAGGUCAUCAAUACCGAGCUCGGAAUCCUGCAGGCAUGGGUUGGCAAUCCUGAGCUCGACUUCACGAAGACACGACCAAAAUCAGAAAGGGAGAAUCUUACUGACGAAUCAUCAUUUAUCGACCGCAUACUCAAAGAAGACGGCCUCAAGUCUCUACAAAGUGAAAAGAGCAUGUUCAAUGGCAUCGGCGAGGUCAUCAAGAAAGCAAAGAUUGCCCUGACGCAGAAUGCACACUCUUUUGCAACCCGCCACUUGCCUCCCUACAUCGAGGAACUACUGACCUUGAUCAAUUUCCCAUCGAGAUUGAUUCAGGAGAUCAUCAAGAUCCGGCUAUCAUAUGCAAAGAAGAUGAAAGAGUCCGCUCAGCAGUCCAUUAUGAUAAUUGAUCAGAUGAUCUCGCAAUUCCAGAUUCUGAUGCAACUUGCCUGUAUAGUCAAGCGAGAAUAUUUGACCAUCAUUCCAGCAGAAGCUGGAUGGGACUUGCCGCCCUGUAUCGACGAAGGGUUCGAUGAAACGGUGCUCGAGGCUUUGAGGUUUUACUUCAAGAUGUUGAAUUGGAAAUUGGGCGCCAAUAAAAACACGUUUCGUGAAGCCGAAAUUCUGGAGUCAGAAUGGGACUUCUCGAACGAAAUCGGCCGCCAACUUGAGGGUGGUGAUAUCGAGGUGGCGGAGCAGUUUAGCUCUCUCACAGCCAAAUCGCUUCUUCGUUUGACCGCAUCAUUUGAAAGAGAGCUGCGCCAGAGACCGGAAGAGACGCCCCAAGAAAUGGAGAAGCGGUAUAAAGCGAUUCUUGACUCAGUCCGAGUUCGACAGCGAAAGCUCUUCCGAUUCUCCAGACUACUCAGACAACGCUUCGAGAAUUCCACAGAGUUCAACCUGGGCAUGGAGUCUAGUCAGAUGCAGGACUUUACUGAAUCUUUGGCCAUGUCUGGGCACUUCCUAGUCGACAUGGGACUGAACGCCCCCAAGGGUGUUUAUUUCGUGGCCUCGCUUUCUCUUUGGGAUCGGCCGAAGGAUAUCCAAUCCAUUCUGGGAACCUCCUUCCACGUUGAAGAUGCGCCUGAAGACCUGUCAUAUCCCUACAUUCUAGCCAUCCGUCCGGAAGAGGGCAUGAGCUGGGACGGUCCGAAGAUGUCGGUUGAGGUUCUCGAAUUACCCAACGACGUCCGCGUUGGUCGAGUACGACUGAUCGCUGAUGGCUCUUCGCAACGCUUAUCGACAGCAAGGCAAGAAUUCUCUAAUGCUGUGGGGCGCGAACUGGAUGUCGUUAUCGAACAGCGCGCAAAUCUCUCUCGGGUCAAUCUCGAACUGGGCAAAAUCAAAAAGACAACAUUCAAGCUGUCCAACACAAUCAUGGAAAGCGUGGAAGCUAUCAGAUCCCAGUCUGGCGACGCGGCGACGCCGGAGCUCAUCCAGUCUUGCUUCGCCUUUGCGACUGAAUUUGGCAAGCGGUCGCUGUCUUACAUGGAUCCAAAUCGCCGGAUGAUGAACAAUUUAAAGUUGACUCGACUGGCUCUCGACUGGAUAAGCUUCAUAUGUGACGAUUGUGAUGCUGCUGACCGUCGGACCUUCAAAUGGGCCGUGGUGGCCCUCGAAUUUGCUAUGGUCAUGACACGUGGUCGCAACGUGUUGGAUAUCUCAGAAGAGGAGUACUCUCGCAUCCGUGUCAAGGUCGCUGGGUGCAUGUCAGUUCUUAUCAGUCACUUCGAUAUCAUGGGUGCUCGGUCAACACUGGCCGCGCAACAAGAAAAGUCACGAGUCGACGCUGCGGGUGUUAACAAGCGGCUGGAUUUCUCCAAGAUGCGCAACGAUGACGAUUGUUACCAGCAGAUGUGCGACGCACGUCUGUCACAGUUGGAAGAGAUUGACAAUCUGCGUGCUGAGCGAGGUCCAUCAAAGGCAACACUGGGCAAGGUGCUCGAGGGGUCCAACGAGGCUGACCGGUCUUUGACCUUCCUGUCCUCAAGUGCGACUAACAUCACGAUGCGUUGGCAGCAAGGACGGUAUGUUGGUGGUGGUACCUUCGGCUCUGUGUACGCCGCACUGAACCUCGACACCGGCAACCUUAUGGCUGUGAAAGAAAUCCGUCUUCAAGACCCACAGAUGAUCCCCACGAUUGUCAAGCAAAUCGGUGAUGAGAUGGGAGUGCUUGCUGUUCUUGACCACCCCAACAUCGUGUCAUACUACGGAGUGGAGGUGCACCGCGACAAGGUCUACAUCUUCAUGGAAUAUUGCUCUGGUGGGUCGGUGGCCGGCCUGUUGGAGCAUGGCCGCAUUGAAGAUGAGACAGUUAUCAUGGUGUACGCCCUACAGAUGUUGGAAGGAUUGGCCUACUUGCAUCAGGCUGGUAUCGUCCACCGUGACAUCAAGCCUGAAAACGUGCUCCUGGACCAUAACGGCGUGAUCAAGUAUGUUGACUUUGGUGCAGCCAAGAUCAUUGCACGGCAGGGUCAAACCAUUGUCGCGCCUGAACCGAGCCCUCUCAAGACGGACAAAGGUGGCGACCAAGGACGAGGAAACCCGGCUGGCAAGCCCGGGCAGCCUCAGAAAAGCAUGACGGGCACGCCAAUGUAUAUGUCACCGGAAGUCAUUCGAGGAGAAGCACCUCCCAGCUCACGCUUCUUUGGCGCGGCCGAUAUUUGGUCUCUGGGUUGCGUCAUACUCGAAAUGGCUACGGGUCGGAGACCGUGGUCGACUUUGGACAACGAAUGGGCAAUCAUGUAUAACAUUGCGCAGGGCAACCCGCCUCAGCAGCCUACGGAGGACCAGCUAAGUGAAGGAGGCUGCGCGUUUCUGAGGAGAUGCUUUGAACGCGACCCCAGCAAACGGGCGAGUGCCGCAGAACUUCUACAAGACCCGUGGAUCGUGGAAAUCAGAAAGCUUGUUGUUGAUGGCCAGAGUGAAGGCAGCACGCCUUCCCGGACGGAUACCAUGAGCAGCUUCGGCACGCAGUCUGGUAGUAUCAGCAGUGCGAGUGGAGGUGUUGGCGUGAACUCGGGCUCUUGGAACUUCAGUGCGAACCCGACGUCGAUUGCCGAGGGGUCAGGUGCGGCGGAGGACGACAAUGAGCCUCGCACAGCUUGA